AUGAGCACUCAAACCCAGACCCAGACCCAGACCCAAACAGAAACAGAAACAGAAACAGAAACAGAAACAAUCAUCCUACAAACUCGGACCUCACAGAGCCACACCUCAGCUCAAACCCCAUCCCAAGACCAACCCCCAAAAUGGCUAUACCCCAAAAUCCUCAGCGCAGGCCUCUCCUUCUUCGUCGCCGGCGUCAACGACGGUAGUCUCGGCUCCCUAAUCCCCUACAUAAUCCGCAGCUACAACAUCAACACCAACACAAUCGCCAUACUCUACGGCACGACAUUCGGCGGGUGGUUCAUCGCCGCAUUGACCAACAGCACGAUCUGCCAACAUCUAGAUCUCGGCUCAAUCCUGUGUAUCGGCGCAGCCUUGCAAGUCCUCGCUCACGUCUUGCGAUCCUGGUUCGCGCCUUUCCCGCUUUACGCGGUGACGUUUUUCCUUGCGUCGCUUGGCCAGGCGUAUAAUGAUACCCAUGCAAAUACAUUUGUUUCGGAAUUGCGGGGUGCUGCGCAUCGAUGGUUGGGGUUUAUUCAUGCUAUGUAUAUGGCUGGUUGUCUUUCUAGGUGGAAUUUGUUUUAUAUUUUUCCUUUGGGACUGGGGGUUGUUAAUUUCGCUUUAGUGGGAUUGUCGUUUCAUGAUCGUGUUGCUGUCUUGUCUAGGAAGAAGGUCACCCAGGGUGCGACCAGUGACGACGCCCUCUCUUCCGAAACGUACCAGCCAGAGCGAGAGUCAACGGGAAAAGCAGCUGCCAAGGAAAUCAAGGAGACACUAUCUACGCCUGGAGUCUGGCUGUUGAGUCUAUUCUUCUUUUUCUUCCUUGGUGCCGCCAUCACGGCUGGUGGGUGGAUGGUCGAGUACCUGAUCAAGGUGCGAAACGGAGACGUCAAGAAUAUGGGAUAUGUGCCCGCGGGCUUUUAUGGCGGAGCGUUUCUAGGCCGACUGGUUCUCGCUGAACCCACUCAUCGACUAGGCGAGAGGAGAAUGAUCUUCAUUUAUGCGGUUCUUUGCGUUGGCUUGCAAUUGGUAUUCUGGCUGGUUCCGAAUAUCAUCACUGAAGCUGUGGCUGUUAGUCUGUUAGGUUUUUUCUCUGGCCCAUUCUUCGCAACGGGUAUCUCCGUCGGAUCCAAAAUAUUCAGGCCAGAGAUACGCUCCUCGGCAAUAGCCUUCGUCUUUGUCCUCGGUCAGAUUGGUGGCUCGAUCUUCCCCGCCAUCACUGGUAUUAUCGCGGCUCGGGUGGGUGUUAAGGUAUUACAACCUAUGCUGGUCGGCUUACUCGGUGCUGCUGGUGCGAGCUGGCUGUUAUUACCCAAGAACGCGGAGGUUCAUCGCGAGUGA